UCAGCAGUCGGGGGGAAGCUCUCCACGGCGAGGGCGGGCUGGGUUCUGGUGGGGUUUUAAAAAAAGACAUAUUUUACUUCUCCCCCCCGACACGUUCGGCAGACGCGGGGCUGAGCAGAGACACCGCUCCGGACACCCCCCGCGGGCCGAGGCCGGGUCCCGCCGCCGCGGGCACCGGAGCGCCGGAGGCGGCCCAUGGCCGCGCCGCCCCGCUGAGCCCGCGGGCACCGGCGGCCGUCCGCCCCUCCUGCCGCCGCCGGGCGAGGAAACACAGCGGCCACCAUGCUCCGGUGCUGGUGCCUCGCCGGGCUGCUCCUAGCCUGCGCGGCCGCGGAGCCGCCGCUGCGCUGGGAGCCGCGGUGCCGGCAGCAGCUCCGCCACCUGCGGGACGGCGGCGGGAUCGCGGCGCGGCUGCCCCCGCGCCUGGAGGGACGAUGGGUCUCCACCGGGUGUGAGGUGCGGCCGGGACCCGAGUUCCUCACCCGAUCCUACCUCUUCUACGCCAACCGCCUCUUCAAGGCCCACCAGUUCUACUACUGGGACUCCUCCUGCCGCGACCCCUCCUACUCCCUGGUCAUCAAGGGCAAGCUCCGGCUGCGCCAGGCCUCCUGGAUCACCCGCGGGGCCACCGAGGCCGACUACCACCUCCACAAGGUCGGCAUCGUGUUCCACAGCCAGAAGGCCAUGCGGGAGGUGGCCUCCCGGAUCAACCAGACGUCGGCCGUGGGCUGCGGGGGCUUCCUGCCCCCAGGGCGCAGCUGGGCACCCGGGGCCCUCUACGAACUGCUGAGCGCCAAGGGGGAGCGCGACUGCACGGCCGCCCUGGGCUUCGCCAUGCACGAGCUGAGCCUGGUGCGCGUGGAGACGCGGUUCCAGCCGCUGCCGCAGCCGCAGCAGAGCGGGAGCCGGCUGGUGGAGGAGCUGUACCUGGGGGACAUCCACACCGACUGGGGCGAGCGGCUCCACUACCGGCCCACCGGCUACCAGCGGCCCAUGCAGAGCGCCGUGCACCACGUGCAUCCCUGCCCCGCCUGUGGGAUUAUAUACAGGGCAGACGAGCACCACCCCCCCGUCCUGCCCCCCCGCGCUCCCCUCCCCAUGCGGCUCGGGGGCAGCUGGGUGAGCGCCCACUGCGAGGUCCGACCCGCCGUGCUCUUCCUCACCCGCUUCUUCACCUUCCACGGCAGCAACCACACCUGGGAAGGGUAUUACUAUCACUACUCCGACCCGCUCUGCAAACAGCCGACCUUCACCAUCUACGCGUCGGGGCAUUACACCCCAGGCGUCCCCUCCGCAAAAGUGCGGGGUGGCAUGGAGCUGGCCUUCCGAGUCACACGGGCUCGGGUGACGCCGAUGGACACGGUGACGGUGACGAUGCUGAACUCCUCAGAACCGGGGAGCUGUGGGCUGACAGGUUCCUGGAGCGUGGGGGUGGAGCAGGACAUAACCCCCACCAACGGGUGUCUGGCUCUGGGCAUCAAGCUGCCCCACACGGAGUUUGAACUCUUCAGCACGGAGCAGGACGCGCAGGAGCGCCGGCUGCUCUACAUCGGGGAGCGCCCCACCGACGGCUCCAGCCCCGACAGCCCUGACAAGCGACCCACCUCCUACCAGGCCCCCCUGGUCCAGUGCGCUGCAGCGCCGGAGGAGUUCUCUACAUACCUUAGUCUGAAAUACUUGGGAAAAAAGGAUGUUAAUGGGAAUGAAGCACUAAAACCUUUGCCUGUGGCUUUUCUAUUGUUUAUAGCACUUCUGUUUUUAAGGUGGGACUAGGUAUCUGUUCAGGUACAACACAGAAUUCAGAUAGUCUUGGUGCUAGCAUGAUUUUUGUAUCCUUCAAAUGAGCACAUCUGGAAUCAGUUUUACUCGGAUUUGGAAACGCUUUUUAAAAACACCCAACAACGGUGAGCGAAGCCAAGAAGCUCUGCCUGACCACACACUGCUUGUCCUGUGGCUUCAUUGCCUCAUCUCCCCUCUUCGGUGCCUGCAAAUCUGAUGUAGUGACACGGAUGCGCUGCACAUUGCAACAGACAAUUUAGCAAUAUGGGGGGGGGGGAACCACAUCAAUCACAAGUGCUGCUUUGAGCUUUUGGCAUUGCUAAAAUUUAAUCAAAAGCUUGAUUCAGAUGUAAUUCAACCAUCCAAAGUGUUGGCUGCCGCGUGCCUGUGAGGUUACGUUCCCUCCCGUCACACUCCUUGUUGCUGUUCUUGCAAAUUUAACGUGCGCGUCAGUCAGCAACACACACACAGUCAGCAACACACACACAGUCAGAAGUGCUCUGGAUGCAGGCACAGCUCAUCACGCCUUUCCCAGCUUGCAGACAUUUUCUGCAGUUGCUGUGCAUACACACACACACAACGAUGCAACACACAGUCCUCCAGUAAAGUAUGUACAAAAAGCAGCCCUUGCAGAGCGUUACCUGGACAGACAGUUACGCUUGGCCCCGCUGAUGAGAGAAGAUACAGUAAAAGGAUUCUGUGCACAACUGCUCCGACCUCCAGUGUUACCCACCCGCAGGCACCGCAUCCCAGCGCGUUA